GAACAAGCCAUGUUGCCCGUGUGCUCGGCAGUACCGCUGCGCUUGCCCCGGAUUAGCCGGGGAACCGAGGUUACAGAUAUUCUGCCGGACUGACCCUCUUCCUCGGACACAUAGCAACGACCGGACGCUGGAUCCUCCCGCUGCAGUCAUGGACGGUAGGGCUCAUGUACAAAUCUGCUACAGACAACCCUCUUCCCACCUGCUACACGGUCUUUCCCAGAUGAAGUGAGCACGAGCGCGGCAGCAAGAGGAAGAAGUACAACAUGGCAGGGCCCGUACGCCAACCCAUUGACCUGGCGUCCUUGGAGCGCUACAUCGACGGCCAUGUGCCCCAGAUCAAGACUCCUCUGGACCUGAAGCAGUUCGGCUUCGGACAAUCCAAUCCUACCUACCAACUCACCGAUGCGACCGGCACGAAGUUCGUCAUGCGGAAGAAGCCUCCGGGGAAGCUGUUGUCGAAGACGGCGCAUCAAGUGGAUCGAGAAUACAGAAUCAUCAAGGCUCUAGAACACACCGAGGUCCCGGUGCCCAAGGCAUACUGUUUAUGUGAAGAUGACAGCGUCAUUGGCACUGCAUUCUACAUCAUGGAGUUUUUGGACGGUCGGAUGGUGACAGAGCCUCAUUUCCCUGGCGUGAGCGCCGAAGAUCGGACGGAAAUGUGGCGAGAUGCCGUACGGACACUGGCCAAGUUCCACAAAGUAGACUUCAACAAAGUCGGACUGUCGAAUUUUGGCCGUCACGGAGGAUUCUACGAUCGCCAGCUGAAGACGUUCGGCACGUUGUCAAAGGCUCAGGCCGCUGCUGUGGACGUCGACACGAACGUGCCCGUAGGCGACAUACCGCAUUUCGACGAGAUGGUCGAGUUUUUCAAGCAAAAGUCCACACAGCCCAAAGACCGCGCAACCUUGGUUCACGGAGAUUACAAGAUCGACAACCUGGUCUUCCACAAGACUGAACCGCGAGUCAUCGGUAUUCUCGACUGGGAAAUGGCCACGAUUGGCCAUCCGCUGUCCGAUUUUGUCAACCUCACGGCUCCUUGGGCCUGGGUGGGAAGAGGGACCGGGUCCGAGGUUGCAGACCGGGCGAAUGCAGCCUUCAAGCCUGGAGCGACUCCAGGGCUUCCAUCCCUCGAGCAGGCAGUCCAGUGGUACGCUCAAGAGUCCGGAUACGAUCCAUCGACCGAACUCGCAUGGGGUACGGCCUUCGGUGGCCUUAGAGGCGCGAUAAUCAUGCAGGGAAUUGCGGCCAGAUAUGCUCGGCGGCAAGCCAGUGGCACGACUGCUAAGCAGUAUGCUGCCCAAAUGCGCCCCUACGGAGAGUGGGCAUACGGACUGGUCAAGAAGCUGAAGGAGUCGCCUCAAGGAAAGGCGAAACUAUAGGGGCUUUGGACGUGGCCAGGACGGUGGCGACCUAGAUAAUACAUUGGGCAUUGAAUGUGCUUAAGACGACAGCCGACCCAAGCUUCGCAAGACCCAAGUUCGAUCAGACAUCCUUUCUCCCUAUCUCGUUUUUCACUUUGUUGGUUGGAACGCAUGUUCUCGCAGUUCGCUAGGCCAUGACCUUUCGCGGAUGAGCACACCUUCCAACAGGCGGCAUCAGCUGGACCAAGACGCAAUUCCUUUCCUUGCAAAAAUGCUUCCGCCCGGAAGAAAGGUAGGAAAUGUAAGAUAGCGUUCCCCUCCGCCAGGCAACCGUCAAAAUAUCAGCUUCUCGUCAUCGUUGGUGAAUGUCCGACACUUGAAGCCGCCCCCAUCCCAUUGGCCAGAGUGUGAGAGCUGUGUUCUGAACAUGCCUGUCCCAAGUGCAGAUCCGCAAUGCUCUUUGAGAGCGACAAACGACAUGUACGUACGAGGUCUUAGCAUUCAGACUCACAACCAAAACACCGUAGUUGGGGGCUGAGUGCCGGGGCCUCCGAUUUUCCGCGCGCAUUUGUCAUAAACUCCAGUUAUAUCGUACCCAGGGUCUUCCAUGAGGAGAAGACGCGGAAUAUUACCUUCAUCGUGGCCACGAGUUGAAUGGCACAUUCUGGACCCUGCCAUGUCGUCGAGGCAGAGGUGCGGGUGAGUGAAGAGAACAGUUAAGGUAGUAAAAGACAAAUCGCAGCAGAGGAACCCACUACUCAAAACGUCUGGAAAGCCCCAGGAGGAAGAAGAGAGUUCACGGAAGACUGUGCAUUCGAUUGGUGACCCAUGCCAAACUGACCCAGCAUCACUGAGCAGGACGUGUUGUUAGAUGAAGAAAGUUUGGAAGUAAAGUUUGGAAGUGACAACAACACCGCGACGUUUGCUUGCGUUCCACAAAACCUCCCUCACGCAUCUGAGUUUCCGGCCAUGGAUCACCAGCACUGGAACACACGUGCUACACAUCUCCUGAUGUCAGGGCAUGGAUUCAUCAUUCAGCAAGUUCCAGAAGAUGAGGGCCCCCCACCCGUUCAGUCAGGGACCAGGGUGCGGGACUCUCUUCCACCCCUGGUGGGUUUGAAGGAGACUUCGGUCAAUUUCAAAUCAAGAGAUGACCAGCGUAAGGUAUAUUCCAUCCGUAGCGUACGGUUGGGAUGAGUGUAUCGAGUCAAUCAGAGGGUGUCGCCGAAAUUCUCUCCUACUGACACAGUACCUGGAUGGACCGAGGCUGGGGAUGUCAGCAACGAGCAUGGUGGACGAGAUUCUGUCAGCGUCAACGUCAGGGAUCACAUCGUGUCCUUUUGCAGCGCCAUGCCAAUUCGAAACCGACGGUCCCCAGGCUGCAUCGAUACUACUUCUGCGCAGAUCUUGCGAGCUCCACGUUGUCAUGACUCGAAGUGCAGUGGUACCGUGGUCACAGCAACAGUAACAGCACUUACAGUACCAGUACCACCUUCGGAUACGGUCAGCACUGGCUCGUCGGCUGCUGUCCGCUGGACUUGCCAGGCCCAUGCGGGACAGCGAAGUGUCGGCACACCCUUGCACACCGGUUGACACGAUCAUUCCCACCCGGUCCUGCAAUUGGCGGCUAAAGUGUCGGUCGGUUACUUUCGACAGCAUCUUAGGUAUCCUCCAGGUUUCCCUAUCGCGAGUCGAGGUCCUAAAUUUCGCCGAGGGGCCAUGCAGCGAAACCGACACAACACCCACAAUCAGGCUCCAAUUUUCAAGACUAUUCUGUAGGGAUGAUGCCGUUCGGCUUUCGCUUCCUCCAUGUUGAAGACGGCAUUCCUGGUGUCGACCACCAUUUGCUCGCUCAAUCGACACCCUGGCCUUCUUUUUUCCCGCCUUGGGGGCCAGACGCUUACUGUGCAUACUGUCCCUACCAGCUAUGGUAUGUAAUCGUGGCCUAGGCCCUAUGGAGUUGGCACCCUGCACGCGUGAUGGGUAUGAAGAUGUAUUUGUACGUCAAAAAAAUACCGAAAUGAACACGUGUCCUCCAAGCCAAACCGUCCAAUAUCCCUGAAACCAUGACCCAGCGCGACAGGUAUCUCUCCGCCAUUGCCAAUGGGCAACAAGCAGCAAGGAGGACAUAUGCCGAAAGUGGACAUUGGAGAAGAAUCUCAAGCUUUACGGUCCGGGGGACUCUUCCAUUCAACCUGGAUAAAACCCACUGUGCCGCAGAGUCCUGUUCCAGCUAUUCCAGGAAGGAUUCUUCCGCCUCGAUGCUCGCGAAUGCUUUGUUAUGUAUGCAAGGACAGAAACAAACGACAACCCCUUCUCAUUUUUGAGAUGAGCAGACAUCAGGAUGUUGGACACCUACUGCUACUAGCAAGAAACCAUCCCCCGUGAUAGCACGGGCACAGUAUGGAAUUCGCCUUGGCGGAUCACGAUACCUUAUCCUGCUCAACAUCUUCAAGCUUCGAGACGUGCAUGCCUAGAUCGGUACCUACGAGGUAAUCUUUCUCCCGACCCUCGUAACGCUGUCCCGCCCCUUUGAGAUGUGGGAAAAUGAUAACGUAGCCAUACUGCUUGAAUAGACGCACCAUCUGCUGUUGUUCUAUGCAAUGCGGGUGCUGCGUGUUAGUGGAACCUCUGUGGAGAUGGGAUGGCCCAGCUCUGCUCUGCCCUGCGACAGGGCUGACUAUGGAACGGGAAGACUGGAGAGGAUAUCCCGUAUCCCGUCCCCUUUUCAAGCUACCAACUAACAACCUGGAAUCCACCACAGCUGUCACUGUACUAUAUGUUACAGCUACAGCAUCCCCAGCACAGCGAUCCAUCGAAUCCCAUAACUACCUACCUCAAACAGCGGAGUGCUAUCUCGGCACAGGUAGGUACCUAGGCACCUUGGCAUAUUGUUCUACAGGAACAUGUACAUGCCGACGUCGCCCCGAACAACUUGCCAGGAAUUCUCAUCGGCCUCCCCGAACACGUUUUGUUUUCCUUGUUCAAUCUCCUAUAUCGUUAUGACAGGGAGGAAUCGUCCGAGAGGAAACAAUCCGCCAACAAGCGGCCGUGUGGUCGAGAUUGGCCGAGGAGCAGUACUACUCGGGAAAUAAGGUAUACGGCAGAUGAUCCUUUGCAUACGAUAGCAACAUGGCAAACAGUACCAUGGCAGACAAGACAGUACAGUGCAACGCCCGCUACCCCUCCUAGUCAUAAAC